CAAUCAUAAAUAUUUCAAUACAAACUAACUGAUUCACUAUAAUAUUGAGGUCUAGACUAAAAGCUUUCUAGCUUAUUUAGAUCUCUAACAUUAGAAUUUAAGACUCCGAUAUUUCGGCACUGUUGCAAGCGCCAUGAUCACGGAUGAUGAAUCAGUUCAUCCGUUCAUGGUAAAUAUCCCGUCUUAAGUUCUAAUGUUAGUGUUAGUGACCAUAUCAGUUUAAAAACUUAUUUAGAUCUCAUAAAGAAAACUAUUAUAAGUUGUUGAUUUUGGAAAUUUAUUACUAGUCGGUGGGUGAAUAAAGAAUUGAGUAUUGAGAAUUGGGUACUUAUCCUUAUGUUUCCUAUUAGAAAAGAGUAAAGAACUCAAGAAAGUUAACGAGAGUCGACUGUAUAUUUUAUCGUUACCUAUUCAAAUAUUAGUAAAGAUGAGUGAUUGGACGAGUUUGGAGGCAAUUAUGCGAGACCUGUCAGUAGCUCAAGGAUCCUGCGUUCCAGCCAGUUUGGAGACAUACACAUCCAAUGCUCCCCCAGCAUACAAUAUUGAUGAAGAAGAAAGUGAAGAACAAAAAUACUACACAUGUGAUGUGGAUGCAGAAGCAGGCUUUGGAGCACCAGACUUUAGACAGAUUCAGCAAAUGCUCAGACUGGUAAAAGAUAGUGAAGCCAACCAAGAUGAUGAUCUAAAUGGGUCGGGUGACUUUAACCUAUUGAGCUCAGAGCUAGCAGAGAACAGAAAUAAAAAGAAAAUAAAUAAAAAUGCAGCUCUCUCAUCUAUUAUAGCAGCUCAGGAGGCUGAGGAAGCAAGAAAACAUCUUAUUGGUGACAAUAUCGUUCAGAAUAUGUUUAAACGAAAAGCUGCUGGUAGUGCAGCAAGAGAAGUUAAAGUUCCUAGUGCUAAAGUCCCUACACCUCCUUCAUCGCCACCGAGAACAAUCCACAAAUAUACUCCAAGUGUACGCGCUAAGGAAUAUUACAACAAGUAUGAAGAACAAACCAAGUUUCGAGAACAGUUUCAAGAGGACAUAUGGUCUAAACUUGAACGGCAGAUGCAUGAAAUUGAUAAGAGGAAACAGCGGGAAGCUGAGCUGGCCAGUCUACAAGAAUCUGAUGCCACAAGCACGAGUGCUUCCAGUUCUGCAAGUGGUUACGAUAUGGUCAACUUGCCGUGUCAUCGCCACGAAAUUGAAGCUGAUUGCGUUGUCUGCAUAGUUACUUGCAAACAUGGCUACAACUUUUAAGCAUUAAGAAGUAAUAUAUCAACUAAUAUUGCAUAGGUAUAUAAUUUUAAGUGUGGCAGAGCUAUGCUUUGGCACGAAGCGGUCGGCUCGGUUGGAGUGAUACCAUGGUCUCACAGAAAACCGGCGUGAAACAACGCUGGCUUUGUUUCGCCUUUUGAUUGAGGGUAAUGGAUUACCGGAAUUACCGAAUUACCCUCC